AUGGAGAAGAGGCUGGAAGCCAAGUUCAGCAUUAGCGCCCGAUUUCUGUUGCGAUAUUGCCUGGGAAGACCUGCAAGGGAGCUGAGAAGUCUGCAGCUGUUCUACCUGUGUGCUUGCCUGUGUGCCUUGUGCUCCUCAGCAGAUGCAAACUGGAACAGAUCUAACUGUGAGCCAGGGAAGAUCCUGUUUGGUGGCCGCUUGAGAUCGUGGAAAGAUCACCAUUUACAACUUCUGGAAGGAUUUCAUACUGUACGGUCCUGUCAGACUGCUUGCUGCCAGAGCCCCACCUGUGAUGCCUUUUGGUUCUUGGAAAAUAUGUGCAUCCAGGUGAACUGCACUGUGCCUGGCAUGUGUCAGGCAAACAGAACAGGCUUUUCUGACUCUGUUUUAGUGUUUUUAAAGAAAUCAAAAAGCACAGAGCACUUAUUAAAGUUUCAAAUAGAAGGUGAUGUGAAGACUCAGUUUCACAAGUGGUUAGACUGGGGUGUCCCUGUCCAGAGGAAAAACAGACUGCGGAGGUCAUUCCAGAAGUGGAGCUUGGCAGGUAACAGGGUGGAACUCCUGAAAAGGGAUAUGACAGCGAGCCCCAGUGGUGAGGCUGCAGCCAGAGCAUCAGACAGCAAAUCUAGAGGCAGCCGAAGUGAAGCAGAGCGCUUGAAGGAUCAAGUACUGAGGCGCUUAGUGGCAGACAGGCCUGUUCCUGAAGACCAUCCAAAUCAAAAGAAAGACUCACUGAAAAAUGGACAGAAUCCAAGAGAGCAGAAAACCAAAAGCCCGUUCCCUCCUAAAAGCAAUAAUGUGAACAGAUCAAGUGAUACAGACGGUGUUGGCUUGCCACAGAUCCACACAGUAACAUCCGCACCAGAACCAUCAGCGUUGGCUACAUUCUCCAGUCCUGUAGCACAGGGCUUGACAGCCACAGGGAAGACUGAGAAGCCUGGGCAGCCAGAUGAUGCUUUGGUCCAUCCUCACUCCUCAGAUGUGUUGCCCACAGUCAGCCCCGUACCAGCAAAAAGCACACCGAAGAUGCAGACAGCUACUUCUGUGCCAAGUGGAGUUCCCACAAAUGGCAGUGUUUCUACAAUCCAGACCAACACGGCUGCAUCACCAAGUACUACUGCCACCACACCAGUUAUGAAGGAGCUAGUAGUUUCUGCUGGAGACAGCGUCGAAGUGACCCUGCCAAAGAAUGAAGUUCAGCUGAAUGCGUUUGUGCUUCCUGAACCACCACCUCGAACCACUUAUUCCUAUGAGUGGGAAUUGAUUACUCAUCCAAAAGACUACAGUGGAGAAAUGGAAGGGAAGCACUCCCAGACCCUUAAGUUAUCUAAGCUUACUGUUGGUCUGUAUGAAUUCAAAGUCGUUGUUGAUGGGGAAAACGCACGUGGAGAGGGUUAUGUGAAUGUAACAGUGAAUCCAAAGCCUCGAGUGAAUCAGCCUCCUGUUGCCAUCGUGUCCCCACAGUUCCAGGAGAUUUCACUGCCAACCAUUUCAACUGUUAUUGAUGGCAGCCAAAGCACUGAUGAUGAUAAAAUUGUCAGCUAUCACUGGGAAGAACUGAAGGGUCCUUUGCGGGAGGAGAAAGUUUCUAGUGAUACUGCCAUAUUGACGCUGACCAACCUGGUACCUGGGAAUUACACAUUCAGUCUAACAGUAGUGGACUCGGAUGGUGCCAGCAACUCCACCACUGCAAACUUGACUGUGAACAAAGCAGUGGAUUAUCCUCCAGUGGCAAAUGCAGGCCCAAACCAAGUGAUCACCCUGCCUCAGAACUCCAUCACCCUCUACGGGAAUCAGAGCACCGAUGAUCACAGCAUUGUCAGCUAUGAGUGGCUGCUCAGCCCUAACAGCAAAGGGAAGGUGAUGGAGAUGCAGGGGGUGAGGACACCAGUCUUACAGCUCUCUGCAAUGCAAGAAGGUGAUUACACUUACCAGCUAAUAGUGACUGAUUCUGCUGGGCACCAGUCCACUGCAGAGGUCACUGUGAUAGUCCAGCCAGAGAACAAUAAGCCCCCAAAGGCAGAUGCUGGUCCAGAUAAAGAAUUAACUCUUCCUGUGGACAGCACCACUCUAGAUGGCAGCAAGAGCUCAGAUGACCAGAAGAUAGUCUCCUUUCUUUGGGAAAAAACACGGGGCCCAGAUGGUGUCAAGCUGGAGAAUGCCAACAGCAGCAUUGCCACUGUAACAGGCCUUCAAGUUGGGACGUACGAGUUUACUCUGACAGUUAAAGAUGAGAGGAAUUUGCAGAGCCGAAGCUCAGUCAACGUCAUUGUCAAAGAAGAGAUAAACAAGCCACCCGUUGCAAAGAUUGCUGGUAAUGUUGUCAUCACCUUACCCACAAAUACAGCUGAGUUGGAUGGAUCGAAGUCCUCUGAUGAUAAGGGAAUUGUCAGCUACUUGUGGACCCGGGAUGAGGGGAGCCCUGCAGCUGGGGAAGUCUUAAAUAAUUCAGACCAUCAUCCUGUCCUUCUCCUGUCUAAUCUGGUAGAAGGGACCUACACAUUCCACCUCAGAGUAACAGAUGCCAAAGGAGAGAGUGAUGUGGAAAGGACCACAGUGGAAGUCAAACCUGAUCCUAGGAAAAAUAACCUUGUGGAGAUAAUUCUGGAUGUUAAUGUCAGCCAGCUGACCGAGAGGCAGAAGGGUAUGUUCAUCCGACAAAUAGGCGUUCUGCUCGGGGUCCUCGACUCGGACAUUACUGUGCAAAAGAUCCAGCCAUACACUGAACAAAGCACGAAGAUGGUGUUUUUUGUACAGAACCAGCCUCCUCAUCAGAUAUUCAAAGGACGAGAGGUAGCCUGGACACUAAAAAACGAACUGCGGAAACAACAGUCAGACUUCCUCAUCUUCCGGGCAUUAGAAAUUAACACAGUCACAUGUCAGCUGAACUGCUCUGAGCAUGGACGCUGUGACUCCUUCACCAAGCGUUGCGUCUGUGACCCGUUCUGGAUGGAGAACUUCAUCAGGGUGCAGAUGGGGGAUGGCGAAAGCAACUGUGAGUGGAGUGUGCUGUAUGUGAUCAUUGCAUCUUUCGUCAUUGUGGUUGCCUUUGGAAUCUUAUCCUGGAUGGUGAUCUGCUGUUGCAAGAGACGAAAAGGAAAAUCCAAAAGAAAAAGCAAAUACAAGAUUUUGGAUGCAACGGAUCAAGAAAGCUUGGAGUUAAAACCAAAUCCCAAAGCAGGUGGCAGACAGAAAUCCCAGGUCCUCAACACCAGCCUGAUGCACUCAGAGUCUGAACUGGACAGCGAUGAAGCCAUCUUCACGUGGCCUGACCGUGAAAAAGGGAAACUGCUCCGUAGCCAGAAUGGCUCCUUGCGCAAUGGACAAGUGAUGCUCAAACCCAAGAACCAGAGGGAGGAAAUCCUAUAGAUCCCCUCAGGUGGCCUUUUGCUGGAGCUCAGUGGGAAAGGCCACUCCCAGCCCUAUCCUACAAGGGCUAACAGCCCAGUUUGAUUAGGACAACGCUGCUAACUUGUUUCACAGAAAAUAACUUUGGUUUUGUGGGUUUUUUUCAUUCAGUUGAAACUGGUUGUACUUGAAUUUGAACUUCAAGGGAAAUCAAAGGGAGGAGAAGGCAACUGUGAACCCCAGGCGAAGCAUCAGAAAAGGACAGAGCUGGCAUCUGGAGACCAACAGGACAGAACCACUUGGAGCAACUGUGAAUGUGCAGGACCCUCCUAGCCCACGUCAGACUGCACUGGAGGAAACACCCAUGGACUUCCAGCUCGCUUGCCUUGGGAGCUCCUCAGAGAAGGAAGGUCAAGGCUGUGCUUUGAGCUGUGUCCUGAGCUCCCUUCAGGCUCCAG